AUGAAGAGUGAACAACAAGAAAUGAAACAAGAAACAAAGUUAAGAAAUUUAAGAGAAUGGACAGGUCUUAGUAAUUAUUUCAUUCUCUACGACUCAGACGAAAUGCCGUUUGAUAGAAGGUCAUUUCAGCGAGUUAUUUAUGGAAGGAAUAAUGUUAUGGGAUUGGUCAUCACAUCCAGUGGGGAAGUCUUUGGUAGUUUUCAUCCAACCACACUUCCACAAGAAGAUAAUGAUAAUGAAUGGGUUAAUGAUAACAACUAUUUUGUUUUUAAAAUUAAUAACGAGGUUUGUAAGUAUUCUAAGCAUGAGAGAAUAAACACUGACUGGAGCCUCUAUCUUUGGAGUGAACAUGACAGUUCAUUGCCUAAUUUUUAUUGUGUUUUAUUCGCAUUUGGUCUUAGUUUCCCUUUAAACAAUGAACGAAGUGGUAUUAUAAGAAGAGGUUUCGAGUGUUGUUAUAAGUCAAAUCAAAUGCUUGCUGAUGGAACAUAUGAUAACUAUAAUAAUGUACUAUUUAAACCUUCAAGGCUUAUAUUACUUCAAUGGUUUGAUAAUUAA